AUGGUGGAUCUGGAAUAAGUGGAGGUGCAUGGUGGGUUUACUUAAUCAUUCUAGGGAGCAUUUGUUGCAGUAAUGACUUUUAACUGCAAAUAGCCAAAGAGAAAAGAUCUCGGUUGUUGUGGAAGAGAGAAAUAAAUAAAAUAAACACAUGAAACCAAAAAUGAAGAAAUCAUUAAUGAUCAAAUGGAUCCUUUCUAAGAUGGUGCUUAAAUCUACGAUCCAAAUAUAUAAGUUUAGGGUGUAUAUAGUGGCAAUAAAAUCUUUAACCUAUCGUUAGUAAUGUUUAGAUUUAACCAGUUACUUAUGGUGGUUUCCAAGCUUAGCAAGAGAUGA